UACACCUUUAAUGAAUAAAUCUGACUUAGAAAUACUACGAGUUGCAAUACAGAUAAUGACUCUAAGUUGACAUUUCUACGAUAUAAUUAAAUCUCAGCAACAUGACGUAAUGAAAGCCUCUAAUUUGUACCACUGGCAUGAACCUUUUCAGGUAACCAAAUAAGAAUUCAAUUUUCGAUAACGCCAUUAGAAGACGAAGAUUAUCUGAAAAAUAGAGUUAUCGAAAUUUAUUAAAGGGACUAAUUGUUUCAAAUUUCUGAUAAGAAUUUAAUGCUGUUCACCUUUAUUGAUGCUCAAGACUAUUACUUCGUCUACUCAAUAUACAAUAUUUCAAUUUGGUGUAAUCAGACUGAGAAGACGUAUAAACACUUAUCAAUUUUUCACAGAUGCAUCAUAUGAAUUCGAAGCCUUAUUUAGAAAGCUUUGUUUCACUCCCAAUGAUAAAAUGGCUAUUCAUGUUGUUGUCCUCAUAAAUGUUUGUGUACAUCUCGGCGAUAGACAAACGCGAUAA